AUGAGCUCCAUCGAGGAAAUUACGGCGAAGACCACCAAGAAGAUGAAUCCGACCACGGGUGACUUUGUGAGGGUGAAGGUCUGGAAUGCAACAGUUGCCAAUCUGACCCUGAUGGCACUUGGUUCUUCAGCUCCGGAGAUCUUGCUAAGUAUCAUUGAGCUUGUUGGUAACCGAAUGUACAGCGGCGAGCUGGGACCCUCAACGAUUGUGGGCAGCGCAGCAUUCAACCUACUUUGCAUCAUUGCCGUUUGCAUUUGUGCUAUCCCAGCCGGGGAGGUGCGCAAGAUCAAAGAGGUUCCCGUGUUCGUUGUCACGACGUGCUUCUCCAUCUUC